AUGCCACCGCCACGCCUCCAACAAUCGCCACUGCCGUCACCACCGCCACCAUCACCACCAACUACCCACACCGUCGUCACAGCCACUGUAGUCUCCACUACCACUGUCGCCGUCGCCGCCAUCACCACUACUGCCAUCGUCCCCGCCACUAUUACCACCACCACACCAUAUGGAAAAGAAAGUACAGGACCAGAAGAGAAGGUCCAGAGCAAUGAGUCUGCUGAAAUCAAACCGGAUGACGCAACACCUGUAGCAGACCUUGGAGCAACAAAAGUCAGUGAACCAGUUUCAGUUCCAACUUAUGUUCCCCCAUGCAAGAGAAGGAGUGAACCGAUUGAGCCUCAUUUUCCACAGAGGUUGAAAAAACAACACGAGGAUAAGCAGUUUAGCCAGUUUCUUGACUUGAUGAAACAACUUCACUUAACAUUCCUCUAG